ACAUUAUUCAAGAUUAUGAAAAGCAAAUUUAUGAUCUUACAUCUGAAAAUCAAUUUCUUAAAGAACAAAAUCAUUAUUUUAAAGAACAAUCUCAAUUUUAUAUAAACUUAUAUACUAAUGCUUAUUACCAUUUUGGUACAGCUUGGAAUGUUUUUUAUGAAAAUAAUGAAGAUUUUCAAUAUUUUGAACAGGAAGUUGUUAAUUAUAUUGAAGAAGUUAAUGAUACAAAAAAAAAUAAAGUGAUUGAAAUUGAUGAAGAAAAUGUUAAAAAAGAAGAUACAAAAGUGGGAAGCUUAAAAUUCGAUAGACAAAGUAUUAUUUCAUUGAGUGAUGAUAAUAGUAUUGCUUGUAAUUGUAUCGAAUAUAGAGGUAGUUGUGAAGAUUGUUUUGUUAAAAAGUUUAAAUCUGAAUAUAAUUCAGAAGAUAAUUUUGAUUAUGAAAAUUAUAAUGAAGCUUAUCAUAAUGUAUUUAAUGAUGAAGAGAGAGAAUAUAAUAAAAAUUAUUGUACUGCCAAUAUGAAUAAUUUUUAUUAUGAAAGUAAUGAUGAUGGGUAUGAAGAAUUUUUACAAAGAAGAGAAUAUAAUAGUAUGAAAGUUAUUUAG